AGGUCACAAUGGACUCAAUAGACAAUAAUCAAUUUGAAAUAAAACCUAUAAAAAGCAAAAGGAAAAUCGCUGCGCCUUGUCCCAACGCAUACCUCAACCCGGCACUGGAUAUCCUCGCCAACGAAGACCCAAUGUGCAACACAGCUAUGGAAGUGAUUCCCGUAAAGAAACGAAAGCGAGCUCGCAGUUGCGGAGAUAUAGCUACAUUUGACAACUCCGCUUUGGACCUCGGUGUCAACAAAGCUAUCGUAAAUAAAGUAUUGGCAAGAGAAAUUGAAAAUGUACGUCAAAACGUCCAACCUGAUAUCUCGGCUGAUGUCAGCAUGGAUGUCGAAAAUGAACGUAAAAAUGUACAAAACAAUGUUACUGAUAUGAGCAUGGAUGUCAUUGAAACUGAGCCAAUUUAUGCUAAUUUGACCGAAGUUCAUCAAACACAGAAACCGGAAGACUCAUCUAUAACGAUUAUAGAUGACACACAAAAUAGUGUAAUGUCUAAAAUGGAGAGUAAUGAUAUUAUGGAAGUUACCAUUCCAAAUGAUGAUGUUGAUUCAGGAAUAUCAGUUUUGGAGCAGAAAUCUCUAAGUGCGGUGAUUAAAGAUGACACUACCAUGCCAUCUCCUAUAACAAACAUACAAACAAACGUUACAAAUCAAGUAUUUAUUAAUAAUUCAAGUAAUCUCAAUCUCAGUUUUAUUGACAGACUUGGUUUAGACUCGCCAAACCUUUCAAACCAGUCUUUGUUCUAUGACGAUGAUCUGAAUGAGAGUAAUAUAAUGGAAAUCAAGACUAUUACAAUUAUAACAAAGAAAAAACGAAUCAACACUAAGAGUACUAAUCCUUUCUUAGAUCCUAACAUAGUUAAUGUUGUUCCUAGUAUAGAAGCUAAACAGAAUCCAUUUUUGAACCUUGAUGCUAAGCCGGAGCCGGAAUAUAAUGAGGAGGUUCUAAAUAGACCUGUGGAAGUACCAUCUCAAGCUGAGAAAGUUCUAGAACCUCGAAGAUUGUUUGGCGAUACAAAUAGUACUAUAUCAACUGUGAAUGAAUCCCUUGAAGGCCAACAUGAGUAUGAGAAUAUAGAUAACUACAGAUCUGAGAGCCCGGUGUAUGAAAAUAUUGAGGAAGUCAAUGAAUUUAAUAAGCAAAGCCGUAUCUUAGGACAUGAUGUAUCACAGUUCAGUGCUAUAGAUAUAAUAAACAUUAACAAAAACUCACACCAAGACACAUCAAAUGAUUCUAAUGAGAGCAAAAAAUCUAAAAACCCACUUCUAAGAGUCGGUAACAGAUUGUCUAAAAGAGUCUUCAAGACAUUAAAAAGAACUUUCAAAGGUGAAAAAACUGAUAAUAAUAUUACUUUAAAUCCAUAUGAAGUGCCAAGAAAACCGCCUAAACAGAAGACUGAGACAAAAGACUCGGGUAUAGAGAACCCAGCGUUAAACUUGGACAAUUCAGAUGAAAUUGAAAUCGAAGAGUUGGAUGAACAUGAAUAUGAAACAGUAAAAACUUUAAGAAACACACACUUAAAUAUGAAUAUUACUCCUCUUAAAGAAAGGAGUGAUAAUUCUGACUUAUCCCACAACAGAACUAAUACUCCAGGCAAGAAAGUGAGGUUUGAUUCUACUCUUAAUCAAGAGAAAGUGAUCACAGGGAACAGUUUUGACUACGACAUUCAGAGUCCAGGUUUCGACGCUAAAAUUGAUAAAUAUCAUGAUGAGCUAGAAAACUGUAUAAAUGAGAGAAAGUAUUUGCAACAGAAUAUGUGAAAAUGCCUAUAAAUACUAAGUUCUUGGGAU